AUUAUUUAUAUAUAUAUAUAUAUAUAUACACUAAUCUUUCAAUAGCCUUUCAACUUGAGCAGCUCAUCAAACUCUGUUUUCUCAAAGACAAACAUGAGUAACCCUAUAGCCACUUCAUUUAUCAUAUGCUUAAGCUUAAUGUCCUAUGCUUACAUUGCUCACGCUAGACCACCUUGGCCUGCAGGCAGAUCCACCAGAUUCUACGACUUCAAGAUACACACAAUGGCGGUUAAAAAACUGUGCAACACCAGAGAAAUUGUGGCGGUGAAUAAUAUGUACCCUGGACCCGUCGUUUAUGCUCAAGAAGGCGAUCGGAUAAUCGUCAAAGUCACGAACGAGUCGCCUUAUAAUGCCACCAUUCACUGGCACGGUGUUCGGCAGAUACUAUCAUGUUGGUUCGAUGGACCGUCGUAUAUAACUCAAUGUCCGAUUCAACCAGGCCAAACCUUCACUUACGAGUUCACAUUAGUGAAGCAAAAAGGCACAUUCUUUUGGCAUGCUCAUGUUUCUUGGCUUAGAGGCACUGUUUAUGGUGCUCUUGUUGUUUACCCUAAAUAUGGCGUACCCUAUCCAUUUCCUUACCCUUACCAAGAGCAUAUUGUAGUUUUAGGGGAAUAUUGGCUCCAAGAUAUAGUUCAACUUGAGAGGCAAGUGACCGCAAGUGGAGGAGCUCCUCCACCUUCAGAUGCCUAUACUAUAAAUGGUCAUCCUGGCCCUAACUACAACUGCUCUGCUAAUGAUGCAUAUAAGAUUGACGUGGUCCCUGGAAAGACCUACAUGUUAAGGCUGAUAAACGCAGGGUUAAACAUGGAAAACUUCUUUGCAAUUGCUAAUCACAAAUUAACAGUAGUAGAAGCCGACGCUGAGUACGUAAAACCAUUCACCACGACCCGUGUAAUGCUUGGACCUGGACAGACCAUGAACGUCCUCGUCACGGCUGAUCAGCCAAUAGGAAAAUAUUCCAUGGCUAUGGGACCUUAUAUGUCAGCUCAAGGUGUUUCAUUCCAAAACAUAUCGUCCAUAGCCUACUUUCAAUACUUAGGUGCUAUCCCUAAUAGCAUAUCAUUACCCGCUAAAUUACCCAUCUUUAACGAUAAUUUAGCCGUUAAGACGAUUAUGGAUGGACUAAAAGGCUUAAAUACAUCUAAUGUUCCGAAGGAGAUAGACAGUAAUCUCUUUAUCGCCAUUGGACUAAACGUAAAUAAGUGUAGGUCUAAGAAGCCACAACAGAAUUGUCAAGGUCAAAACAAUGGUACCAUGGCAGCUUCUAUGAACAAUGUGAGUUUCAUUAAGCCAACAGUUUCAGUUUUGGAAGCCUAUUACAAAGGAAUUGAGGGAUACUUCACUGAUGAUUUUCCUGCCGCACCCCUUAGAUUCUAUGACUUUGUAAAUGGGGCACCUAAUAAUGCGCCAAAUGAUACAAACUCGAUGAAUGGAACUAGGUCUAAGGUCCUUGAGUUUGGAACCAGGGUGCAGAUCAUCCUGCAGGACACCGGAACAGUGACAACUGAGAAUCACCCGAUUCAUCUCCAUGGCUAUAGUUUCUAUGUCGUCGGUUAUGGCACCGGUAACUAUAAUCCACAAACAGCAAAUUUCAAUCUUGUGGAUCCACCAUAUAUGAACACAAUUGGAGUUCCAGUUGGGGGAUGGGCAGCAAUUCGCUUUGUAGCUGACAAUCCAGGUGUUUGGUUCAUGCACUGUCACUUCGAUGUGCAUCAAUCAUGGGGAUUAGGUACAGUGCUUAUAGUGAAAAAUGGAAAAGGACAUCUAGAGACCUUGCCCCAUCCUCCUGCAGAUCUGCCAAGGUGCUAGAGACUUUCCAAUAAAAUGGUUGUGAAGUUUGGGUCAAGAAGUGUUCAAAAAAGAACUUUUGAGUCAAGAAUUCUUUUGGCAAAAGUGUGUAUUGUGAUCAUUUUCUUUUAAAUCAGCAAAUUGUGGGUGUAGAAAAGAAAAAAAUUGGAUUAAUAAAACUAAAAAAAAGUCUCAUA